ACAUAUAAAGGACCUCUCGUGGCUACUCACUCUUCGUUACAGAAACGACUACUUGAAGCUGACAAAACCUACUGUAUGGUGGUCAGACGGGAACACAGCGACUUACUACCGAGUCACAGACUGCUGCAGUGUAAACGAGCUAUAAAUCACAAAACAGAGAGUAAAAGUGUUGUAAUCCAGCUCAUCAUGGUGGACCUGCUGGCUUUCACGCAAGAGAACAGAGAGCGGAUCCAGGCAGUGGAGAACUCCUUUGGCCCCUCUGGGAAGCCCCUGUUCAGACCUGGCCGGAUCUUGAUAGGCGAGGGGCGGCUGAUGAAGCUGUGUCGACGCCGCCCCCAGCCCAAAGUAUUUUACUUGUUUAAUGACAUCCUGGUGUACGGUAGUAUCAUCCUUCAUGGACGCUGGCACAAGAACCAGCAGGUAAUCUCCUUGGAGGAUAUCCAGCUAGAGGACCUGGAGGACGGGGUCAGCAUGGAGAACCAGUGGCUGAUCCGCACCCCACGGAAGUCCUUCUAUGUGGCAGCUGCCUCUGCUGAGGAGAAGCGUGCCUGGAUGGAGCACAUCGAGGACUGCAGGUCCAAGCAGCUGCAGCAUGCCGGCUGCCAGCCCGGGUGCACCUUCGCCACCACAUGGAUCCCUGACCGGGCGUCCGCCAUCUGCAUGCGCUGCACUAAAACGUUUCGGGUCAACAAACGUCGCCACCACUGUCGUCGCUGCGGCUUCGUCGUCUGCAACGCCUGCUCCAAGAACCGGGCCGUGAUCCGCCACAUCUCUACUAAGCCUGUGAGGGUGUGUCGACUGUGCCACCUCAGUCUCCAGGACCAGGGGGAGCAGACCCUGGCCCAGGAUGAGGUGCGUCUACGGGGGGACAGUGAUGGGAGGGACUGCUCUGAUGAAUACAACCUGCUCAUGCCUGAGUGCAAGGCGCCCAGUGAUGAUGAGGCAGAUGAGCAGGUAGAGGACUAUGCACCAAACCAGUGGGUUGUGUCUCAGAUAAACUCUUGGUCCCCAUAUGUCUAUUUAAAACCAGACCAUCAAAGUCCCAAUUUCACUGGAUUGUCAAGUCACUUGACUUGACUUUUGGGAAAUGUGAGAGGACACUGAAAAGUAUUUACUGAAUGAGUAUGUGGCUGAAAGAGUGCCACAUUUGUUUUGUUAGUUUUGUUUUAGUCAUUUAGCAGAUCAAAUCAAGACGAUACAUGAUCACAUGUAAUCAUAAAUAUUGUACAAAUAUGAACACUAAUCCUAACCAUAUAAUAUAUGUACUGGAUCAGUAUAUUCCUGUUAAUAUACCUUUGAGUGUUUAGGGAGGCUGAUUUUUGUUAUCCUUUUGAUAAAGGUUAACCUGUAGAAUGCAUUGUUGACUGCCCAUUAUGCACACACAGAGCAUCUUUGUUUACAUGAAAUACAUUUUGCACUGAAUACUUUUAUUUUCAUCCUAUAAUUAUCUUGUUUAGAAAAAGGCAUGUUGACUAAGAUAAUGUGCCUAUAUUAAGUGUACCUGUAAUUAUUACUCUAAAUGGCAACAAUAACUAUACCUCUUUAUUUAUCACAUUCACAUCAACCAUUUAUCUAUAAAAUAAAAUCCUUUGAUAGCAAACUUUUGUCAUCCUGGUCCUGAACACCUGGUAAGACUGCUUAUUGACCCACGAACAGUUGUAAUCAAACUAUUCAGUCCUUAGUGUUAUAAAGUCCCGCAGACACAUGAACGAGUCCUGAGGCAACAGGUGCAGUAAAUAAGCCCUUAGAGAAAGUUCUUGCCUCACUUGAUUUUCCUAACUCUAGUGUUGUCAUUGGCAAUCCUCAGGCCAACUGCCAAUGACAUUUUCGAAAUAACCUAUUCAAAUGCAACAUGUCUAUCAUGAACACUUUAUAGGCAUUUCAAACAAAAUCA